AUGAGUAGUCGUGGCCAUUCACAAGACAGAGCUCUAUCUCAGGAAAGGGAAACUCCAUUUGCUGGAUAUGGAGAUCGAGUCGGCUCUGGAGUAGCUUAUGCUCCUGCACAAUGGAGAGGAGGAGAGCUGGUUACGGAUCCAUCAAUGGUCACAAAAUCGCUGAAAACUCGUCGGUUCUACUACUCGCCAAUCGGAGAUGGAGUUGUGGCCGCAGACGGUGUUGAGCUCAAACGUCUUCCACCUGAUUUAACACCCAAAGUUGAAGUGAUCCAACAACGAGUGGUGGAGCGCGCUCCACCUGGAAAGCCUGGCUUGAGAGUUACUGAGAAAACUUGGUCAACCGGAGGUGGAGAAUCUGACUCAAAUCUGGCCUAUGGAAGCAAGCAAAUGGGUGCGGCUUCACCGACAGCAGAUGGACAAGGACAGUUACAGCGUCCAGAAACGGAUCCAUUUUCCAAACCAAAAGACCAGUUAGGGUCACCCUAUCAACGUCCUGAAUCGGCACAAUCAAUGCCAGCUAACACAAGAAAUGGCGCUCCAAAAGAUCAGUGGAUGUCACCAAGAGAUCAUGGAAUUGGAGGUCCGAAAGAUGGCGGACCUGGAGGACCACCGUCUGCAGGAAGGCACGGACCAUAUGCUGGAGAUGGAAACUUUGGUCCUGGAGUUGGAGGACCACAUGGAUCUACACGCUCAACACCGGGAUUGGGCCCAGCAACAAAUGGAACUGGCAACUUUGGACCAGAAUUUCCCACUUCUGGACGUUCUAGCGCAUAUUUCUGGGUUAGUUUAGCAGACCUAUACGAGCCGGGCUAUCGUUAUGAGAUAAAGAAGGACUAUAAAGUCACGAAUCCCCGAGAACUGAUCCAUCAGUAUGCAACAGGAACUCCAGUAACUGCAAUUGAUCCUAAUCUAACAGAGACCACACGGACAAUCACUCGACAACAUUAUACACAAACUGUGGAGGAAUCAUUUGGUCCAUUUCCGCCCUAUACUGCUGGUCCUAAUGUUCCUACACCUUUAAAGUUUGCGCGUCAGUUGAGAGAUGAAAGUAAGCCCUAG